AGGUUGCAGGAGACUUUUAGGCCCUCCAGGCCUGGAGUUGCCUACCCCUGAGCUAGCUGGAUGUUAGCCACAGACCAUCUAGCUGGAUGUUAGCCACAUACCUGCUAGCUGGAUGUUAGCCACAGACCAUCUAGCUGGAUGUUAGCCACAGACCAUCUAGCUGGAUGUUAGCCACAGACCAUCUAGCUGGAUGUUAGCCACAUACCUGCUAGCUGGAUGUUAGCCACAGACCAUCUAGCUGGAUGUUAACCACAGACCAUCUAGCUGGAUGUUAGCCACAUACCCGCUAGCUGGAUGUUAGCCACAGACCAUCUAGCUGGAUGUUAGCCACAGACCCGCUAGCUGGAUGUUAGCCACAGACCAUCUAGCUGGAUGUUAGCCACAGACCAUCUAGCUGGAUGUUAGCCACAGACCAUCUAGCUGGAUGUUAGCCACAGACCAUCUAGCUGGAUGUUAGCCACAUACCUGCUAGCUGGAUGUUAGCCACAGACCAUCUAGCUGGAUGUUAGCCACAUACCUGCUAGCUGGAUGUUAGCCACAUACCUGCUAGCUGGAUGUUAGCCACAGACCAUCUAGCUGGAUGUUAGCCACAUACCUGCUAGCUGGAUGUUAGCCACAGCUGGAUGUAUUCAAACUUUAUCGGAGUUAUUUAAUGAGGAAUAAAAACAUGAAAUAAAUAAACUGGAUUAUUUGUAUUAAAAGAAUAUAAAUAUAGAGACUCAAGCUGGGAAAUAUUGAAGAUCACAGGCUUCAUUCAUUUAUUUAUAGAUUAUGAAUCAUUUUGCAGCAGCGACGUCAGAACCAGAGAGAGAGAGAGUGUGUGUGUGUGUGCACGCGCAUGUGUGCACCGUAAACAGAUCCAGCAGCAGCUGCUGCCACAACAAACAGAACCAACUCAACUGGACCCAGAAGGAUCAGGAACUCAGAAGAUCACGACCCAAACUCCACCAGAACCAGAACUUCCUGAUCCAGAACCAUUUCUCUAGCGAAGUCCAAUCUGGUCUAGUAAUCGUCUCUAGUCCUCCUGGCUCUAAUCGGACCUCGGCCAGUCAAGCAGCACAGACAGAGGUUCUAGACCAGUAGAACCAGUAGCACCACAUUCUGCCUGCUAUUUCUGGACUGGAGCUGAGGAAGAGGAGGAUGAUGAAGCUCAGCUCCACAUUUUAAAGCAAUGCAGUAACUGCAGCGUGCUGGUUCUGGUUCUGGUCUGGUUUAUCAGAGUGAGCUCACUGCCCAGCUUUAGAAACUGAUUCUCAGGUUUCCUGAGGUUUGGUAACGUUCAGUGGCCCAGUUCGGCCUGAUUCUAUUGGACCAGGCGGUUUGGUUCUAUUGGAUCCAGUUUGAUCCAGAGUGUUGCUGUGGUGGAAGCAGGGAGGUUCUGGGUUCGAAUCCCAGCGCAUAAUAAUCAGCUCUGUCUUCCAGUUGGUGGUUCUGAAGCAACUGGACUGAACCAGAACCAGAACUGGCCCAGUAAACUCGUGGCAUCAGAUUGUAACCAUGGUAACAACAAUCACACUUUUUUUCUUACAGUUUUAGAAAGUGAACUUUAAGUGUUGAAACCAAUAAAUCAAAUUUUAAAUCUGCAGACCUGAAGGCUUCAUCAGCUGACAGUGGGCGUGGCCAUAAUGGUGGGCGUGGUUAUAAUGGUGGGCGUGGCCCGUUUUGUUUUUAAUGCGAUCAGAAUUAUUAUGAAACAGAGCAAAGAGGUAAAUCUGGAAUUUGAUCAUUUAGACCAGGGGUCUCAAACUGCAACUUUUAGAACAGAAUAAUGAGGUUGUUAGUGAGGCUGGGAGACCUGAUCCACACCAGGAGGAGGUCAUGAAGUCGUUUCAUUCCAGCGUUUUGUACCUGUGGUACAUCUAAAAACUGCAGGACAGCGACUGGAGGCCUGGAGUUUGAGACCCCUGAUCUAGAGGUUUAUUGCAGGUCAUUGAUAAAUAUUUAAAUUAUGAAAACCCAGAAAAUCUCCUGAACGUCGCAGAACGUCAGGCGCCCAGGCGUAGCGCCACCUGUGGUUUGAUCGAGGAGGAGCUUCAGAUGGACAGGCGGACCAGAAGUCUGGUCGGGUCCAGGUUCUGAUCAGAACCACCGGAUUGACCCGUCCAGUAGAGGAGAAAGGCGGACUGCUCCUUUAAUCCUUUAAACAGGAAGGAAACGCUGCAGUUAGCUUAUCGGAUGCCCCGCCCACUUCCUGCUGGGGGCCGAGGAAGAGGAUGAAGACCUCACACCCUCCCAGGCUGCGGAACCGGCCCCAAGGCAUGAUGGGAACAAUCAGAGGUCUGAACACUCCUGCAGGCCUCAAACGCCUCACAGCAGACUGGACUCGGACCGGUCGGGUCCGACUUGUCAUCGUUACUAAAGAUCCUCAGAUCCUGGUCUGGAGACUGACAGGUUCUGGUUCUGGUGGGUUCAGGUCAGACAGGUCUGUCUGUCUCUGUCUGAGGACUCUGACCUUUGACCUCUGGCUCCACACUGAGUCGCCUCUGAAUCAUUUUGCGGCACUUUGCUCACUUCCUGUUUGGCAAAACGGAAAAAAUCUGCCAGGAACAAGAGGACUGGGAGAGAGACUGGGAGGACUGGGAGGUUUGUCUUCAGACUGGUCGUUUCCUCUGCAGGACGGAUUUCACUGCAGCCUGAAGGACCAAUCAGCUGCAGCUCCUGAAGCCCCGCCCCCUGGUCUACCUGCCCAGGUGCUGGAAGCCCCGCCCCCUUCACUGCUGGUUGCUCAACAGGUGAGCAGAAACUUUGACCCAGAUCAGAACAGAAAACCUCUGACAGCCCAACACAGAAACAUCAGAACCUCCAGAACCAGAAGAUCCAGCAGAACCUCCACAGACCCGGAUCCAUCUCAGCAGAACCGGUUCUGGUCCACGCUGGUUUCCAACUCCGGUUCAGAUUGUUGUGGUUCUGCUCUCCGAACGUCCCAUCACAGCCUUCCAGGACUUUGACUAGGCCAUUGUGUGUGCUGUGGACCGGCUGCUGUGUUUGGUUCCCGGUUCUGACCCGGUUUGGACCGGGCCUCAGCUACUGAAGAGGUUCAGAUUUAUCUGACGUGUUUCCGGUCAGUAAAGAGGCGGGACUUCCUGCUCCUCCGGACUCACCUGUCCAGGUGAACCUUUAACUGGACCGGAUUCGUUUUGUGUAAUUAUUCAUCAUGACGUCACCCUGGCUACGAGACACCUCACCCUGGAAACCUUUCCUCCCUCCAUGCGCCUCACCUGACAGAUUUUGGCACUAAGCUCACGCUGAGCCCGGUUCCGGCCCGGUUCGGAGU